CGCGUUUUGACGCCUUGGGACAAAGACGUGGUUUGCCGUAUUCAUCGAAUUCCCUUUCCGAAAAGGUUUCGGAAUUGUCCACUUAGCUGUCUCUUCAAGAGCACCUCGGCAUCGCAUCAAUAAUGGCUGCCGCUAAUGACCUUGACAAUGGGACGAAACCGUGGCCUGUUAAAGACCUUAUAUGUCACGUGCGGGUCGUCAUCCCGGACAUCACUGAAGACGUGCUCUAUUCUCUGCUGGUGUACAUCGAAUCAGCGGGCGUCACCAGUGCAGCCGACGUCAACAAGAUAGAGGGUGGCAAGCUUUCCGCGAUUGUUGGUGCCGAGAAUGCGAUUGCACUGCUGAACUACUUUAGGAAGGCAGACUUGACCAGAAAGAACCCCCCGCGCCCUGCGACCAUGAGUCCCACGGCAGUCGCUACUCAGCCAUAUGCCGCUGCUGCCGGAGGAGGCAGUUCGCAAGAAAUGGUCCAAGUUCCCACGGCAGCCCCUACUCAGCCAGAUGCCGGUGCUGCCGGAGGAGGCAGUUCGCAUGAAAUGGUCCAAGUUUUCAAGAUGGCUAUGGCAAUGCAGCAGCAUGGUAAUGAGCAGAACCAGCAGCUCAUGGAACGUAUGCACACGAUGCAGAGCAACAUGAUGGGAAGCAUGGCGGCUACAUUGUCGGAGACAUCUUCGACAGUCAAGAACGCAAUGGAGACGGUGACCAAGCAAGUGACGGAGCAGGCAGAAAGGCACCGGGAGACAAUUGCGGCCAUGCAGGAGACCACGGUCUCCGCGACCAACAUGAACCGAGAGGCGAUCCGCGCGAUGCGGGAAAACAUGGUGGAGACGCGGAUGAUGAAUUCGGAGGCGAACGAGUUGGUCCGUAGCGGCAUUGCCGAUAUGCGCGAAGAACAGCGAAGAAGCGCCGAAAGGGAAGAAAGAGCAUCUCAGCCACCCCCCAAGGAAGAAUGCGUCAUCCAAUGAUUGUAUGGUGGGAGCAAAUAAACAUUGGG